UAAAUGUUUCCCCCCCUCCGAUCUGCUGUUAGGGAGUGCAGAUUCAUCCGACUCCAGCGAAUUAGCCGAGCUGCUGUUUUUAUGUUGUUAUUUAUUUUUAAAUUUUGUGUAUUAUCUCGUAACGGAAUCAGGACUGAGUGAGGGAGUGAGGUGUGUGUGAUUUCGCUGCACGUCGAAAAAACACGUCGCGGUUAAUAGAUUGACAGGAAACUGGGCGUGAAAGUGAGCUAGCUUAGCCUCUCUGAGUGAGUGAGUGUGUGUGAGAGAGAGAGUGCUAGCUAACGGUGCUAACUGCUAUGGCGGAGCUAGCAGGGCCGUCCAGUGAGACGAUAACGGAGACGGUGCAGACGGGGACACCGCCGCCGCCCCAGCAGGAAGGAAGGAGCUUGACCAUCAAGCUUCGAAAGAGGAAGACCGAUAAAAAGGUGGAGUGGUCCAGCGACACGGUGGAUAACGAGCACAUGGGACGGCGAUCCUCCAAGUGCUGCUGCAUUUACGAGAAGCCCCGACAGUUCGGCGAAUCCUCUACAGAGAGCGAAGGGGAGGACGAGGAAGGAUGCGGUAGCGCGCACUGCAUCCUCGGACACGGGAAAGGACACGGACAGAAAGGAGGAGGAGGAAGCGAAGGCGCUACGCCCCCGAGCUCCGGCGGAACAAACCCUCACUAAUUUACAGCGAAAGAGGAGCAAGCCGGUGGCAGAAAGGAAACUCCUCCGGGGACAGGGGGACACGUUCACAGUUUCACAUCACGUCGAAAUAAAGUCACCGCGUUGCUGUGUUUCAAAUUGUGUUUUCAAUGCAGAGUGGGAGCUUUUAGUUUGUGCACAGUUUUUGUUUUUUUUAUUUCCAUCCUUGUGAUUAGAGCGAAAACUUCUGAAUGCUGUGGAGAUUUAGUUUUUUGAUUUGCUGUAUAUAAGAUAUGGGUUUUAAUUGUUUCUUUCUAUUUUUCCUGUAAAGUAUUUCUAUUUAUUUGUCUGCAACAUUCAAGAUCAUUUCUGUCGUUAUACAUUCUCCUUUUAAUGCAAGUAGAAGUAAAGUAUCAAGAUGCACUGAAUCCGGUGAUUAUAGUUCAAAAAAAUAUAAUAAUAAUAAUAAUAAACUCCAGAUUAUUUUAGCUGAUGAUUUCGAGAGCAGGGUCCAUCAUUCCUAAUAAUUGAGGUUGAACAAGGCCAAGGUGCGCUGAUAAACCAGCUGGAGUAGAAAGACACGGACGUGGUAAAGAUUUAAUACGCUGCUUUUCUCGUAAAAGUUUUUCACAGAACAAGGUUAAUGUUUCGUGCUUAUUUUUUUUCCCUCUCUCUUUCUGGUUUCCGUAAACACGGUGAACCAUUUCUCAUCGUCAUCACGUUUCCUAGUGACACUACUGAUUCUUUUCCGACAAUCAGACAAGUAAAGCUAAUAAUAAAGGCAUUGUGCAUGUACAGUACACAUACUAACGGCAGGAAGCUUCACCGGAGAAAUAAGACGUCUAGUAUCGCCUGAACCGUGUUAUCGGCUGUGCUCUGUAAAUUUUCGGGGGGAAAAAUAAAAAGGUUGAAAGGAGCGAAGGAGAUGAUGUUGGAAAGAGUAACCAUGUGAGAAGUAUUGUAAACUCCCAGUGAUGUCAGCAUGUUCAGUAAUAAACUGAUUUAAAAAAAAA